CCUUUCCUCCAACUAUAAAUAACCUCAUCACCCUCCUCCCUCUUGUCCUCAAAUCAAAUUCAUCUCUUCAUACCCCUUUCUAACUCUCAAUCUCUCUUUCUCAAAGAAAAACAGUUUCUAUACAAAUGGAAAACAAUCUACCGGUGAUAUCAAAGAGAGUGUGGAGUCUAAUACGCGUUGCCUUCUUCAUGUUGAGAAAAGGAAUAUCAAAGGGUAAGCUAAUCAUGAACUUAAACAUGAUACUCAAACGUCACACCAAGCUUGCCGGAAAAGCCGUUGCCAAUUUAAUAUCCCACUAUCCAAACCAUGGUGGCUCCACCUCAAACCGCCACUCACACCAGCAAUUCACUUCCUCAAGGGAGUAUGAAUUCAGCUGUAGCAACACUCCCAACCACUUCUUCUCAAUAGGAAAGCGUCACCACAUCCACAACCAUAAGCACAAUGCUCAAGCAAGACUUACACACGACGAUGAGAUGACGACUAUGAAUGCAAUGAAGGCGGUGGUGGAGAUGCUAAACAAUGAACAAGCAAUUGUAGAAGUGUCUCCAGGUUUCCCUUUAAGAGAUGAUGAUGAUGAGAAGGACAAUCAAGUUGAUAAGGCAGCUGAAGCUUUCAUAAAAAGGUUUUACAGCCAGUUGAGGAAGCAAGAUUGAUUGAUUAAUAUUAAUUCAACAACAUACCUUGUUUAGUGGAUAAUCAAGUAGCCAUAUAUUUUUCUUUUUUUGGUUACUUUAUGAUAUAAAUACCUAUGAGUGAAGGUUUUUUAUUCAUGUUAAUUAUGAGUUUGCAAAUGUUUAAUUUAACUGCUGCUUAUCAAUAAUAAGGGAAUAAA